AUGGGUGAGCCCGUUCCCCGCUUUCGCUCCCAGGCCACAAAGCUCAAGCGGGUGAUGCAGCUCAAAUACCCCUCUGCAAAAUCGCCCUCCUCCUUCGUCGACUUUGACCCGCACAUCACGCUCGCGACCAUCCUUACCACCCCCACCUGCGCCGCGGAGCUGCGCGCGGCCGUCCCGUGCGGCCAGGCCGCCCUCGCGCCCACGUUCAAGUCUGUGGACGUCGGCGAGAAGUACUUCAUGUCCGUAUAUGCGGUCGUGCACGAGUCUCCCGGCCUCGCCGCCUUGCGCGCGCAUCUGCGGGAGGCGCUGGGCGCGGACAAGGUGCCUCCCGUUCCGCAUCUCUCGCUGUAUUACAUCGAUGACGCCGAUCGUGACGACCGCGCGCGCGUCGCGAACGAGCUGAAGAACAGCGGACGCGUUGUGGGCCGCCCAGACGGCGGCGUCGCGCUGAACUGCGCCCAGGAGGUGGGCCCGGGGACAGAGCCGGACCUGCUCAGCGGAUUCGAAGGCGCGGAAAUCUGGAUCGCCAAGUGUGACGGCCCUGUCCCUGGCUGGGAAGUGGUCGAUAAAAUCAGCCUUGCUUGA